UUUUAGCAUUGUAGUAAUUACAUGUUUGCUUGGUGAUCACCAAAGCUCUCUCUGCUGUGCUGUAUAUCAUUAAACCCACAUGCUGCCUCAGACGUUCAUUCAAUAUCACUUUUGGAUUUCAAAACCGAAUGCAAAGCCAAUGCCUGAUAAGGCAGAGAGGCAUAAAGUAAGCCGCCUGCUUUCAAAUAAGGCCCUAAACACACGAACACACAUUCACUUAUGAAUCUAAAUGGAAACACAUUUUUACCCAAUCUUUUUAUAUAAAGAUUUUACCCAAUCUUUUUUCUACAACCAACCCCACAUCCUAAUUUUUGUCUCGUCAGAUUUAGCUCACUUCCAAGUAAAAAAAAAAAACCUUCUCAAAGUAUGGUUAUAGUAGGCACACACGCACAUACAUAAUGAUUAUUUGUUUUUCAUGAUGACACUUAUGAUUUUCAUACUGUAAAACUGUCCAUUUCUAUUCUCUAAACCUAACCCUUACAGAAAGCAUUUACAAAACAUCAUUUUGUAUUCUUCAUGAGGACCGGAAUCAUGGCCCCACAACAUCGUACAUUUAAGGUAAAAAGUAAGAUGAAUUUCAAUAAAAAAUGUAACUUUUUGAUUCAUCCUCUCCAAUAAGUAAUAAAAACAGUCUUAUUCUUACAUAGCCUUUGGGCUAUAAGAGUAGGUUCGGCAAGCACAAAAGCUAUAACCACUGAUCUAUAUAUAAUGACAUACAUGAUUAUAUAUAAAAUGUUCUCUAUUAUAUAUCAGUGGCUAUAACCUAAAAACAUCAUAAAGGCUCCAAAUACGCACGCGGACAGAAAUCGCGUCAGAGGGUUACCAUAGCAACAACACGCCGCUCGAUCAAUUGCCUCACAUUGUAGGCCACGUAUAUAACACAGCAGUACAUCAUUAAAACCCUUAUAAAUAACAAAAGCGUUUCAGUAGACUGUCGUUUUAGUUAGUUAAUUUGACAUUUUUAGUACAUAAGACCAGUCACUCUGUUUAACGGCGAACCCGUAAUUUGAUUGCUCAUCCAUACACACCAUCAUUGCACGAGAUACAUUUGAACUUUAUAGACUAAAUUCUAUAGUUAAUUUUGGUCACGGCAGGCUGCUUUGCCCAUCCCGGCGCGACGUUGGAAAUGUCGCAUUUGUCACUUUAUUAAUUCCGAACAACAGCAAAACUAAGUAAAGGCGCCAUAAAUCACAGCUUGAUGUACGGUCUCCGAGGUAGAGCAGUCAGCUCUUUUUCUACAGGCGGUUUCUAAUAACUCCCGGAACAUCGAGAGCGUCUCACUCAGCAGAUCGCCGGAUGAACACAGCGGUGCCGCAAUCAGCGAAAUCCCGCAUUCAGCGCUCACGUCCGCGACGCCUCUGCCGCCUCGCGCACACGCCGUGGGCUCUAGCUAUGUGCAUUCGUCUAGACAGCCACUGACAGCGUACGCCGACGCUUUCGACCGCCGCGUUAAGCACCGCUCACGGUUUUUAGGCGCUAGUUCACCUCGGACACCGCUUUGGUUUCGGACCGAGCUCUCGCACGAUGGUCCUGCUGCAUCGCCGCCGGAGAAAAGAGACGCUGGUUUGGCUGCUGCCGGGUCUGCUCGGAGUCUGCAUGGCAUUUGGCCCGAGCAAAGCAGAGGAGGAAGAUUACGAGGAUGUCCCCAUAAAUAAAACUUGGGUUUUAUCACCAAAGGUCUACGAGAGCGACGUCACCCUUAUCCUAAACAAAUUACUGCAAGGUUACGACAACAAACUGAGACCGGAUAUCGGAGUGAGGCCGACCGUGAUCGAGACGGCAGUGUACGUGAACAGCAUAGGUCCCGUAGAUCCCAUCAAUAUGGAGUACACCAUAGACAUCUUCUUUGCUCAGACGUGGUACGACAGCAGACUCAAGUUCAACAGCUCAAUGAAGCUCCUCAUGCUCAACAGCAACAUGGUCGGAAAAAUCUGGAUCCCUGACACCUUUUUCCGCAACUCGCGCAAAUCUGACGCCCACUGGAUCACGACACCCAAUCGCCUUCUGCGCCUCUGGAGCAAUGGAAGAGUGAUGUAUACUCUGAGGUUGACUAUUAAUGCGGAAUGCUACCUUAAGCUGCAUAACUUUCCCAUGGAUGAACAUUCGUGCCCUCUGGAGUUUUCAAGCUAUGGCUAUCCAAAGAAUGAGAUCCAGUAUAGAUGGCAGCGUCGCUCGGUUGAGGUCGCAGACCAGCGAUACUGGAGGCUCUACCAGUUUGCCUUUGUGGGUCUGAGGAACACUUCUGAUGUGGCACACACUCAGUCUGGGGAAUAUGUGGUUAUGACCAUUUUCUUUGACUUGAGUCGGAGAAUGGGCUACUUCACCAUCCAGACCUACAUCCCCUGCAGCAUGAUUGUGGUUUUGUCCUGGGUCUCUUUCUGGAUUAACAAGGAUGCUGUGCCUGCCAGAACAUCUUUAGGUAUCACAACUGUGCUCACCAUGACAACCCUAAGCACCAUAUCGAGGAAGUCCUUGCCGAAGGUGUCGUACGUGACAGCCAUGGAUCUGUUUGUGUCUGUCUGCUUCAUCUUCACCUUUGCUGCUCUAAUGGAAUACGGGACCCUGCAUUAUUUCACAAGCAAUCGACAGAACAAGAAGACCAAAUCAAGCCAUGCACAGAAACCCAGCAUGGUUAACAUCAGACCAGGGACAUCUCUGCUGCAGAUGAACAAUAUUGCUCCCUACCACGAGGAUGACGAUUAUGCGUAUGAAUGUCUGGACGGGAAAGACUGCACCAGUUUCUUCUGCUGCUUUGAUGAUUGUCGCUCCGGAGCUUGGCGUGAGAACAGAAUGCAUGUCCACGUCUCCAAAAUCGACUCCUACUCCCGAAUAUUCUUCCCAACCGCCUUUGGCCUCUUCAAUCUCGUCUACUGGAUUGGAUAUCUGUACCUUUAAAGAUGUUGGGCAAGAUGUUGGGACUCGGUUCUAGUAAUAUUUGCAAAUCACUUGUAAAUUUUCCAUCUGCUAAAUCUGGCAGCAUAAAUGGUUGAGAGAAGGGGAUGCGUGAGGCUUGAUUUGGACGUAUUAGUACUUAAUGUAUCUUUAAUUGUACCUGGUAUUUAAUUUAUUGGAGAAUCUAAAUCUUGGAAGGACGAUUACUGUGAUUCUGCAUUGACGCCAACUGAAUAUUACCAGCGCUCUCGUUUUUUGAGAAGGAUGUUUGCUUUUCCAUUAGUUACGCAGGCCAUAUCAAACCUUGAUUGCCUAGUUUAAAACAAUCUCUUAAAACCUGCAUUUUUUAAACCGCAAUAUUAGCAUCUCUAUUGCAACUAUGAUAAAACUUCAGGAUAUUAUCUCUCUGGCUGAAGCAAAAUAUUAUUGUUUGCAAGGAAAGGUAGAUAUAUUAGUCGCUUCUGAUGUUAAUUUUCCGAGAUAAGCGAAGCUAGCUACUUGUCAGAAAACUAAUACUUACAUAUUAAUCUCUCAGAAUGUUUUCAAUUCAAACUUAAAACAGCUACAUUUCUUUGUGAAUUACCUGCAUUCAGUCAUGUACUAAACAAACCAAAGCAUAGAUAUCUGAAGGUUACGUGAAAAGAAUUUUGUUCAGCUCAAGAAUUACCCAGAAGCCAUUUACUUGGAAUUAGCCUAUAAUGAUACUGUGAAAUGUUCUUGACUUGAACUAAUAAGCCGUCUCUGCAAUAGAUGACACAAUGAAAUGCCAGUGUGCCCAAGAUAAAAGGGUUCACGUGUUAUUUUUUAUAUGUCAAACAAAAGGAAUAGAGCAGCCUUUACAAUUCACAAAUGUUCAGUGUCCUUUAGUACAAAUUAGAGUUCACCACCCUCUUCCGUAUUCAAGACAGCAUUUUGUCUCUCCUCGCGAACGGCGUAAUCAGCGUAAUUGCAUGACUCAUCUGAGCUCAUCUGAGCUAAUCAACCCGUAUUUGGAAACGGGUCUGAUGGACUUUCUUCAGCAGAGGAGCUAGACAGUCUCAAAAACCACGACAUCUUCAUAACACAAACCGUGGAUGCCUUCUGUAUUGGUAAUCGACUAAAUCAAAAGGCCAUUUAAUGUGUAUUUGCCUUACAUUCGAUUAAAUCUGAUCUCAGAAUCCUAUUGGGUUUGAGAAUCAGAUGAACGGAGCGUGCGAGUGACUCUCGAAACAUCUGUGCACGAAAUAUACAAGUGUUUUUCUCGAUCUCCUGUUACGCUUUCGGCUGUUGCUUGUUUUAUUUCAUGCUUCCAUGUGGUUUGUCUUUUGCUGGCUGUUAUCUUGAUCACAGACUGCUCUGUUUUCUCUCUUUCUGAACAUCUGUUAUAUACUGUGUUGUGCCCUGUAGCUUAAUAUAUUCUGUAUCGUUAUCUUUUUUAAUGACAGCCUCGUAGUUACAGACUCAUGCAACAACCAGAUGAUAGUACAAAAAAAAAAAUAGCGCUGGAUAAUCUAUUUAUAUUUUUGCAUAUAAAUAGGUUAUGACACGAAUAUCUAUUAAACAUCAUCUGUUUCAGACCUUUAAUAAUACAGAUCAGUGACCUUCAUGUAUCUGUGUGAGCGUGUGCAUGUGUGUCUGUUCGUGAGUGUAUUCAAAGCAGACUCUCAGCGUCUCUCGGCUCUGCUCUCCACUCGUUCUUGGUGUUGUCGUAGUGUCUUCUGUAAGCGCUAACCUUCAUGCUUUUAACGUGUUCAUAUGAUUUUGUAGCUCUGAACACUGUGAGUAAUAAAACAGUGCCUGCAAAACAUUAAUAAAAUUCUACGCUCUCUCAAA